CGAUCCAUUCAGUCGGCUAAAUCAUGGCGUCCGUCAGUACGGGGAGCAGGGUGUCCUGCGGGAGAGAUUUGAAUUGUGUGCCAGAGGUAGCCGACACGUUAGCUGCGGUUGCCAAACUUGGGUUUGAUUUCCUGUGCAUGCCCCUGUUCCAUCCGAGGUUCAGGAGGGAGUAUGAGUUAGAGCCCGCUAAAUCCAGACCUGGAGCCCAGACCCGGUCAGAUCUGCUGCUGUGUGGAAGAGAUUGGAAUACUCUUAUUGUUGGGAAACUUUCUUCAUGGAUCGACGCAGAUUCAGAAAUUGAAACGGAACGCAGAAAUUCAGAGGCAGCUUUGGUGCAGGAGUUAAACUUCUCAGCCUACCUGGGUCUGCCUGUCUUCAUGGUCCCUCUGAAGGGCCCUCAAAAUGCCAAUCUUGCCCGUCUGCUGCUAAAUCACAUCCACACUGGACACCACACCUCAAAUUUUUGGAUCCGUGUUCCACUAAUGGCUCCAGAGGACAUGAGGGAGGAUCUGAUAGAGAACGAACCAACCACUUGCGUCGAUGACAUGAGUGUUGAUGAGAAGACCUGGAGCUGGUGGCACUCUUUAAGAACCCUUUGUGAUUACAACAAGCGGAUCUGUCUGGCUAUUGAAGUUGGAGCAGAUAUGCCAUCAGAUGCUGUGAUUGAUAAGUGGCUCGGGGAGCCCAUCAAAGCAGCCAUACUUCCUACCAGCAUCUUCCUAACAAAUAAGAAGGGCUUCCCUGUUUUGUCAAAAGCCCAUCAGCGAAUUAUCUUCCGUCUCUUCAAGUUGGAGGCCCAGUUUAUCUUCACAGGCACCAGCCGCCACACUGAGAAAGACUUCCGAUCCUACCUGCAGUACCUGGAGUACCUCAACCAGAACCGGCCAGCACCCAAUGCGUAUGAGCUCUUUGCCAAGGGCUAUGAAGACUACCUGCAGUCUCCCCUCCAGCCCCUCAUGGACAAUCUGGAGUCUCAGACAUAUGAAGUGUUUGAGAAGGAUCCUAUUAAGUAUUCACAGUAUCAACAGGCUGUAUAUAAAUGUCUACUUGACAGAGUGCCUGAGGAGCAGAAGGAUACCAAUGUUCAGGUUUUAAUGGUGUUGGGGGCAGGUCGGGGUCCUCUGGUCAAUGCGUCCUUACGGGCUGCCAGACAGGCUGACAGGAAGCUGAGGGUGUACGCUGUGGAGAAAAAUCCCAACGCUGUAGUCACGCUGGAGAAUUGGCGCUUUGAGGAAUGGGGUGAUCAGGUAACGGUUGUGUCAUGUGACAUGCGUGAAUGGGCAGCGCCUGAAAAAGCUGACAUCAUCGUCAGUGAGCUACUCGGGUCAUUUGGUGACAAUGAACUCUCCCCUGAGUGCUUAGACGGGGCACAGCACUUUCUCAAAGAUGAUGGAGUGAGCAUUCCCUGUUCCUACACGUCCUACCUGGCUCCUCUGUCUUCCUCUAAGCUUUACAAUGAGGUGCGAGGCUGCCGGGAACGUGAUAAAGACCCCGAGUGCCACUUUGAGACGCCAUACGUCGUGAGGCUUCACAACUUCCACCAGUUGGCUGACCCCAAAGCUUGCUUCACCUUCACACACCCAACAACAGAUAUGAAUAAUAACCGGUAUCAGUGCCUCAGAUUCUCAGUGGAUUGUAACUCAGUGCUGCAUGGCUUUGCUGGCUACUUUGAGACAACGCUGUACAAAGAUGUCACACUCAGUAUAAAGCCAGAUACACAUUCCCCUGGGAUGUUCUCCUGGUUCCCCAUCUUGUUCCCCCUAAAACAACCCAUCUCUAUAUCUCGGGACGACAAAGUGACGGUUCGAUUCUGGCGCUGCAACAACGGGAAGAAAGUGUGGUACGAAUGGGCCGUGACCGAACCCUCCUGCUCCGCCAUCCACAACCCAGCAGGACGCUCCUACACCAUCGGCCUGUGAAGACGACACACCGGCACCCCCCCGACACGAGGCAAAGCCCGACACAUGUUUCUGUAAGACACGGUGUCACUGGAAGUGUGGGCAGCCCGGCUCUUUUUAUAUACACAGUCAGAACCCGGACUUGUGGUGUGAACCCCUAAUGUCAGUGCAGUCUGGGUUUGAGAACCAUUAGUGGUAGGCGCUUCUGAAUCGACGUAGAGAAUAAAGCCGAUAUUUCAGUCUGUGUUACUGGGAGUUUAUUGUCAGAGUCUGGUUCAGCAGAACUGCACAGACUACAGCACCUUCAGAGUAGGUCAAACACCUCACCACUGGUUCCUCACGCUUUGUUUUUCCGAAGCUGUCCUUCCUCUCCUGUCGUCGCCAUGUAUUUUAGACGUACACACUCAAUGUAACAGGACCUAUGCCUUAUCAAACACAUUCCACACCGAUGCACAGGUACUGAUCUGUACUGAAAACAAAAGUGUCGGAGGAAGGGUUCUAUUCAGGUCACAUAAACAUGUCUGGGGGCUGUCUCUUCAUACCUUAGUUAUUUUGUUUAUGUAUGUUUGAUCCAUGUCAAUAAAGACUACACUGUAUUGUC